UGCGUGUUUUUUUCUAUAUUAAAAGGCAUAAAUGCGCUCCCCAUAAAACCCGCUGGCCAUGUCGGAGUCCCGGCGAAGGAAUCUUCAUUUUCCCUUCAAACGCCAAAUGGAUCGAUAAAUAUAGACUGUAAGAUCGAAGAACAGAUACAGAUCUGGAUCAUGCCCUAAGAAAAAAAGCCCAUAAAAAAAACACUCCGCUUCUUCAAAUCUCUUUUUGCUUCAGUCUUAUCUCUAUUAUAUAACCAUGUCAAGGAGGCCUGUAAAUCCUGCUCGACGCUUUGAUGAUGGUAGAAGCAUCCCAUUUGUGGGCUCAGUUCAGUCUAAGACACGCUCAUCACCAUUAUUAUCUAUUGGACUUUUGGUUGUGGGUGCAAUUCUUCUGAUUGGCUAUUUGCAUAUUGGUUCAGGUGGAUCCAUCAGUGAAAAAGAGGCACUAAGUAAAAUUGAAGGUGGUUCUCCAUGCAAUUUAGAAGUUCAGAGGGCACUACUUGUUCUAAAGAAGGCUUAUGGUGACAGCAUGCAUAAAGUGUUGCAUGUAGGCCCCGAUACUUGUUCAGUGGUGUCCAAAUUACUAAAAGAAGAGGAUACUCAGGCCUGGGGCGUGGAGCCAUAUGACUUAGAUGAUGCUGAUGCCAGUUGCAAAAGUCUUGUGCGGAAAGGCAUUGUGCGUGUGGCAGAUAUCAAGUUUCCUCUUCCAUACCGUGCAAAAUCAUUUUCCCUUGUCAUUGUGUCAGAUGCCUUGGAUUACUUGUCUCCUAGGUACCUUAACAAAACUCUUCCAGAACUGGCAAGGGUAUCAGCUGAUGGUGUUAUUAUAUUUUCUGGUUAUCCAGGUCAGCAGAGAGCUAAAGUUGCAGAGCUAUCAAAAUUUGGUCGGCCUGCCAAAUUUCGAAGUUCAACUUGGUGGAUAAGAUAUUUUUUUCAGACUAAACUAGAAGAGAAUGAAGCUGCUGCAAAGAAAUUUGAACAAGCUUCAACCAAGAGGUCAUAUAAGCCAGCUUGUCAAGUUUUCCACUUAAAGUCGUACCAUUGAGAAUCUCAGCAUCAUAUGUUCACUGAUCAAGUCAAGCUUAUCGACGAUGAUCAUUCCAACAGCAGCAUCCUCUUUUUACCACAAGGGUAAAUAGUGUUGCGAUUAACGAACCCUUGAUUGUUAAUUUUGUGUAUCAAUCAUCAAGCCAUAGAUCUUUCACUUGAAGUACUUAAUGGGGGAGUGAGUUCACCUGAAUUGGCUUCCGCAAUCAUGUAUCAUUUUUAGUCUCAGGCUUUUUUUUUAAUUUGUUUGUUUGCCCAACGAUGUACCGAUGUUGUUCAUUUUUUUUUCCUAGAUGUUUUUAUA